AAAUUACGAUGUAUGGUAUAACAGAUAUGGCUUAAGGUUCUUCAAUAUUUAUAGAUUUAUAUGAUUUGAGGAUAAAAUAUUUGGUAUGAUCAAUGAUAUCAUAUAUUCAGGGUUCAAACGACGAUAAACAAUAUUUUGGCUGGGUAAGUAAACUAAGUAUCGACUUUGUUUCUCUCUAGCGGUUAGGCGUUUUGAAAAGGACCACAUUUUCUCUUCUCCGCCGCCCCCACUAUUUUUGACGGGCUUCAUAUACAAGAAAAUCGUUCCAACUUUAUAAAUAUACCUCCUCCGUAGGAAAGGAAUGAAAGACGGGGUGAGUUUAGAGAGGAGAAUGCAUAGAUGGAGGGGUUGUUCAAUUGCGAAUCUCAAUCUGAGUCUGGGUCUCAAUUUGUUGAGUGUUCCAGCUGUGAAGAUCUGGAGCUGGUCAAGCGCCUAGGCCAGGGCCACAUGAGCACGGUUUUCUUGGCUGUCCAUCGUGGCACCAACAAAGCUUUUGCAGUCAAAGUGAUGAGUAAGGAGCAGAGAAAAGCCUACAAAUUGGCAGCUACGGAGAAGGAGAUUCUGUCUUCAUUGGAUCAUCCGUUUCUGCCGUCUCUGCUUACCCACUUUGAGUCAGAGACUCAUACAUUUCUGGCCAUGGAGUAUUGUUCUGGAGGAGAUAUUAACGUGUUGAGGCAUAGGCAACCCAGUAAAACCUUUUCAGAGUCCACCAUAAGGUUUUACGCGGCAGAGGUGAUUGUAGCGUUGGAGUAUUUGCACGAGAAAGGAAUCGUAUACCGAGAUCUGAAGCCGGAGAACAUAUUGGUUCAAGACAGUGGGCACAUAAUGCUCACUGAUUUCGAUCUGUCUCUGCGUCUCAUAUCUGACAAUGGCGAAUAUAGCGAAUGGAAAUCUUGUUCGUUUGUGGGUACAGAGGAGUACAUCGCACCGGAGGUCCUGUGGGGCAAAUUCCAUUCAUACCCAGUCGACUGGUGGUCUUUCGGCGUCUUUCUGUACGAAAUGAGUCACGGGCAGACGCCUUUUAGGGGGUUUAGUCGAAAGGACACCUUUGUCAAUAUUAUGAGCAAGGACCCCUUUUUCUCAUCCUCAUCUUCUCUGGAUGAUCUUAUUCAGAAGCUCCUUGCGAAAGAGCCAACACAGAGGCUAAACAGAAAGCAAAUAAAAAGCCACCCCUUCUUUCGGGGCAUGAGAUGGGAUCAACUGCAAUUUGUUUCUAGGCCUCCUUUUGUGCCGCCUCUCUCUCCUGAACCUCUUCUCACUUUUCACAAAGAAAAUGAAGAAGAAGAAACAGAAGACAUGAGCAUUAAAUCCGAUGGCUACGGCUCCGUGGAAUGUGAUUUCAAAGAAGACGACACGAGAAAAUUUAUAUUUGGGGAGUUUUGAGACGAUAUGCUGUCCUCACUCCAGCUGAUCAUAUCGCACUGUCCAUAAUAUAUGACGUUAGGUUGCUCAUGCCAACAAAAGUCUAAAUUUGACGGUCCAUCCUGCUUGUCAAAUAGAUCUUGUGACGGCAUACUGUGUUUGGAAACUAUGUAUAGGUUAAAAGAAUAAUGUGGUAUAUUAAAAAACCUAGCAUUGUAUUACUGGAUUUUAAUGGUUAAGAUGAAAUUAGGAUGGUAUUAGAAA